AUGGUUAUAUCAAAAAAUGCAACCAGUCUUGCGCAAGGGAUAGCUUCCGUCUUACCUCAAAGGCUUUGGUAUGCCGUGUACAGUGCCGCUGCCCUUGUCUUGAUCCAGGUCGGAAUAGGCAUCGUUCUGAAAGCCGCGCAAACCGACAAUCAUUAUGCGUUUUCACCGUCGUCAUCCGUCACCAUUUCCGAAUUCUUGAAGAUGCUUUUGGCGAUUGGCUUCUUUUAUCGCGAGUGGGCGGCAAGAGUGGCAGAAAACGCAGGGCGAGCCUAUCUGCCAAUUUCCACAUCUGAUGACUCUGUUCCACUGAGAUAUGAGAUGGAAAGGCCACUCGAGGAAUAUGACAAGCAACGCGAGAUGGGGGAUGAGGCUCUUCAGCAAAACGAGCUCCGGGUAGAGCCUUCUUUCUUGACAGCCAUGAGGAAAGAAGUAUCUACUGAUAUCGCGUUUGGCCUGGGCCUCUUGUCGCUUUUCUACGUACUUAUUAACAACUUGGUUUUCGUCAGUUACCAAGUUGCCGACCCGGCUACCAUCUCAUUGACCAAGAGCGGCGUAACGUGCAUCACGGCUUUAGUCCUAAUGUUCACCCUCGACACAAAAAUCACUGGCACCCAGUGGCUUGCUAUCGUCCUGCAGUAUCUGGCGUUGUCAAUCAAGGCCUCCUGCAAGCGAGCAACGCCAGCUUACAUGCAAGCAAUAUCAUCCUGUACGGCUCUGUGUAUAAAUGCAAGUAUUCUGCCCCUGGCAUCGCUUGCGCCGCUGAAUCCUAACGACGAAGCAGAUGCCAAUGCAAUUGUUAAAUGUCUCGCAACGGCCAUUGCCACGGCCAUACUCAUCUUUCUCUCGCCAAUAUUUUUUGGAACGACUUUCAACUUCUUGAUUGUCCCUGGAUCGAUAGUCGUGUUUGGCGCUUCAUGGUUGUACGCGAUGAAUCCAACACCAAAGCCCAACAAGAACGGCUCGCAUGCAAGCAACUCCCAACACCGCCCUUGGACCUCCUCACUGCUGAAACUGCGCAAAUUCUAUCUAGUCCUGUAUGGAAUAGCUCAGCUCAUCACUUUGGCCAUGAUAGCUGCCAUGUCCAUCUCCAGUUUCUCGGCUUCUGAUGCGGUCGGCGGUACGUCUGCGGCCGUCACCUCACCGUUCGAAAAGACACUCGCGUUCGUUCGCUGGAACGGAGCGCGCCCGGAACGCAUCCCGCACGUUAUGAAAUACAAGCCUUUCUUCCAUACUAUGCACAUAUCCAUGCCGAACGAGACGACUCCAGGGCCGGGAUUAAAUAAAACAAGCCUAACGGAAGACGCGGCCAAGAUCACUCCCCUCAUUUACCGCCAAGUGGCGUUGACAUUGCAAGUUAUUCUAGAUACACAGCCUGAGAUAACCGGUCUUUUCUAUUUUCAUUUCGAUUCUUGGAUCGACCCCCUUGCGUGGAGUGAUAUGAACUUGGAAAACGUUUACUUUCCCUUUUUAACAGACAAGACCAAGGGUCCAUUUACUAUAUGCAUGAGUGACACGGCGAAGCAGGACUGGUGGGGGUGGGAUAGAGAUGUUCACCAAAACGCAAUGAACGCAGCCUCGGCAGCCAGGUCAAGCCCCUUGACCAGAAACUACACAAUAAACGAUCGUGAGUGGUGCUUAGGAUGGAGUGAUAUAUAUUACAUACCGAGACGUUUCUUUCAAGAUUACAUUCGCCUCUCUGACAUCUUCUCAAAACCCCAGUUCAAUGUUUUCCACGAGGUGGCAAUACCAACCAUCGUCCACAUCAUCGAUAAUAGCCAUCGCAAAAACCCUCACAUUCCAGUCGUUAAUCACAUUAGCGAUUGUUGGGGUGACUGCUGCAGUUCAAACCCUUCUGUGGACGAUGUACUUAGGUAUCCUUGUGGGCAUCGUCUGGACUAUCUCAAUAAGACGAUUAAGAGGAGCCAUCCUGAGGUUGGCCAUAAGCCCCCAAAAUUGUCUCGGUACGGAUACAUUUUGGGUUCCGCGAGGCUCACAGCCGCACAUGCAUCCACCCUUGUCACAGUCGCAUUCGCUUACUCCGUACACCUACUAGAGAUAUUGGGGCUCGACAAGACUUUGAGACACUUUUGCAGCAAGGCCGCCCAAGGUUUGUCCUAUUGCCCGAGCCAAUCCUACCGAGAAACCCAUGGUGUACGCUGGAUGUUAGCCUAUUUCAAGACACAAUCCCCUGGCAGGGAGAUUAAGCCUGGCAUGUCUGCAUAUGUCAAUACUAUUGUAUUUUCGUCGCGGAAAGGAGCCCCGAGAGUCAAGUCUCGGGCCGUUUCUGUCAGCCACUGCAACACAAUCAGCGUCGCCCGAAUCACUCUGCAUUGCUGUCGACCCGUCACCUAG